CAUUAAAAACUAACACACUUUUGUUACAUAAAACAUCAAGUAUCAAGACAUUUUUUGCCAGUUGUCAAUUACCAACACUAUAAGUGGAGCAAGCACCACGGCCGACCUACUUGUAGCGUCCCGGAUCUCAAGUGCGCAUCAUGAGACCCUUAGUUAUCGCUUUUGUGGUAUUGGCCGGGACUGUCUAUUCGAAUAUGGCUCUUAUUGAAAAAUUGCAUAAUAAAGGGCUCGUUAAAAACCCUAUCCAUAUUAGGGCUAUUUACAAGCGAGAAAUUGAUAAGAGCGACAGUUCAGCGGAAAAUUUCUACACCUUUAUAGAAGAAAAACUAAUGCAUCAAAAUCAAGCGUUGGAACAUUUGAUCACAUCUGUGGACAAUACUGGUGAUAUGAUCAAGAAACUUAUAGACAACUUAAGCAAGGGUCUAGAGCAACCAAAAAUGCCAACAAAAGCCGAACCAGAAAAGGUACCAAAACCCAAACUGAAUGUUAGUACGAGUGACCAUCCUCUAGUUAAACUUGGGAAGAAUAUUCCAAAGUACGGCAGGCUAGCCAAAGACUUGCUUAUGAAGGAGGUUAUUAGUAGUACGGAUCCAACACCCAUUAUUGAAGUAAAACCUACACUUUCCACGCCUGGAUCACGAAGGUCGCUUGAUGAUUCUGCGGUUGGAUCGGAUCAGCAAAGCGAGGGACAUAAAGUUAAUCCCUGGUGUCCUAUAGCUUUACUUUGCCAAAAGAAAGUUGAUCCGGUUUGUGGGUUUGAUGACGAAUUUGGUUACGGUCGCUUCGAAGAUUUUUGUCAUUUACUUCGCGUCAACUGUUAUUGGAAAUAUAGUAAGUAUUUGCUUCUUGAGUUUUUGUAUCUACAAGUAGAUAAUCAUCACAUUGUACUUUUGUUUUUAUCUCGUUAUUUCAUUCACAUUUUCAUUCUGUAAUUUCUUUUCCAGAUUUCUCCGUUGUAUCUUCGUGUCAACCGAAAUUAUGAGAUCAAAAGUAUUGUAAAUAAUAAUUGUAAUUUUUAGUUUUAGAAUAAAUUUCAAUGAUAUAUUA